GGUGGAGUGCAACUGCCUCCCUUAUUCCUUUGACUUUUAUAAUUGCUUGUUUUCUUUCUGGUCGAAAGAACGAAAGAAAACACAGAGAGAGAGCGAGAGAGGGACAGAGGGGGAGAGAGAACAACGGAGAGAGCAGGAAGUGAGAGAGAAGGGGCUCGAGAGCUCGAGAUGGAAGGGUGAUGAAGAGAAUGGAGUAGCAACCAAAUUCACUUGAUUAGUUUAUGGGCAUGUAAGUAUCAUCACAAGCAUGUUUUGCUGUACAAGUACUCUGUUUGCGUCUGCUGUUAUGGUAGGCGGUCUCUGCAAUAACCUCGUUCAUUAUCUCUGCUAUCAUCGGAACCCAUUUCUUCUUCAAGAAGAGACUGCAAAAUCCUAGUUCUGGCAGGAAGGAUGAGAAUAUUUCACCAGUAUGUUCCCCUUCACAGAAAGAAAGCAAGAAAGAGAAAAUGGCAAGGGAGAUGCUCUCACGGUAGAGUGUUCCAUGGAAAAAGGAAUCGACUCCCAGUAAUCAUCAAUGAAAUUCGCUGUCUUAUUUCAUUAUACCCAAUUUGCUGUGAUAGGAGUCCUGAGCUACCCUUCUCUCUCUGUUUCCUGGCAACAAGAAAGAUAAGGAGAGGAAAUUACAGGACUAGUAUGCUAUGGCAUCCGACGGUCAUCCUAGGUACCGUACUUUGGUUAUUGUUGCAAUCUGUGCAACAGCAUCGGUCCUCAUGGCCGCUUUCCUUAAAGCUCGUAAGAGAUGGCAAAGUGGCAAUUCCAGCAGUAUGAAUGUGAACAAUUCGCAGCAGCAUCAGCAGGAGCUAGAUGGAAGCCAUGACGUUCCAUCAUCCGAUUCCUCAGACAAUCCAGCGGCGGGUGACGGGGUUGAAGUCUUCCUGAGCUGCAGGGGGACCGGCAUCCGCAAGACGUUUACAGACUACCUCUACCAUAGCCUCAUCGAUGCUGGGGUCCGCACCUUCAGGGACAAUGAGGAGCUCCGUGCAGGGGAGGAGAUCGGCCCUGAGCUCAUGAAAUCAAUCAGGCAGUCAAAGAUCGGGAUCCCCAUCUUCUCCGCGGAUUACGCUUCGAGCGAGUGGUGCCUCAUGGAGGUGGCGGAGAUGGUGAAGUCCAUGAAGGAGAGCAAACAGCUGAUCAUGCCAUUAUUCCUGGAUGUAACGCCUGACGAGGCCCAACAUCAGACGGGCAGUUACGCCAAACCUUUCUCCCAGCAUGAGAAGAGGUUCGGUCAGGAGAAGGUCCAAGCAUGGAGGGAUGCGCUGAAGGAAGUCGUGAAGCUGAAGGGUCUGGAACUUAAUAAAGUGGCAAACGGACAUCAAGGUGAGUUCGUAAAAUUAGUUGUUGCAAAGGUCCUUAGAGAACUGAAGAAGUCUUACUUGGAAAUGGGUACUGUCCUAGUUGGAAUCGAGGAUCGGGCAGAAGAAAUUGUGAAAAAAUUAGAAGUUGGCAUAGAUUAUCAUGUUCAGGUAUUCGGGAUUUGGGGCAUGGGUGGCAUAGGAAAGACAACUUUAGCCAAGUUUGUCUACAACCAAAUUGUAGACAAUUUUGAAAGUAAUUCUUUCCUUAAAGAUAUCCGAGAAACAUCCCGGUAUCCCAAUGGCCAUCAAUACUUACAAAGUAAAUUGGUCUCCGACAUAUUAGAGCUUGAGCCGCAGGACUAUGCUACUGUAGAGGAAGGAAUAAAUGUACUUAAGGAAAGGCUUCACCAAAAGAAAGUCCUGAUUCUUCUCGAUGAUGUUGACCACAUCGACCAGAUUAAAGCUUUGGCAGCUGAUGUUGGUUGGUUUGGCCAAGGAAGCAGGAUCAUCAUUACUACUAGAGAAAAGGAUGUCCUGGAACAAUUUCAUGUACCGGAUUUGUAUGAAGUCCCAUUACUGGAUGAAGGUCAUGCUUUAGAGCUCUUCUGCAUGCACGCAUUCAGAAAUAAGUCUCCCAGACCAGACUUGGCUGAACAGGCAUUGGAAAUCGUGAACAUUACUGGACGGCUUCCUCUAGCUCUUGAGGUUAUGGGAUCAUUCUUAUCCGUCUAUGGUGGAAGGAAGGAUAUGUGGCAUGCUACAAUAGAGAAGUUGAAAUUUAAACUUGACAUGUUCGACAUCCAAGAUAAGUUGAAGAUAAGUUACGAGUCGUUGGAAUGUGAGCAAAAGGAAACAUUCCUUGACAUUGCAUGCUUUUUCAUCGGAAUGGAUGUCAGGCUAGUGAUUCCUAUGUGGAAAGAUACUAAAUUUUCCCCAGAAGUGGGAAUUGAGAUCCUCCAACUGAAGUCGUUAAUUAAAAUUGGAGAGGACAAUAUGAUAUGGAUGCACGAUCAACUCAGAGAUCUUGGCAGAAGUGUGGUUGAGCAAGAAGACAAAGAGCCAGGACGGAGAAGCAGGCUGUGGCACGGUGAAGAUGCAUUUGAUGUUUUAGUGGAACAACAGGGAACGUCAAAAGUGGAAGCCAUCAGUCUAGAAGGAUAUCAUUUCAUGGAGGAAGAAGAUAGUCUUAAUGAUGACAUGUAUAGGAACCUGUCGAGGCUGAGAAUUCUUGAACUUGCUAGUGCAUGGCUCGAUGGCAACUUUCAGGGUCUUUUCCGUCAGCUGAGAUGGUUGAGUUGGCAUAGAAAGAACAUAUCUCCACCGGUGAAUUUAAUUCUGAGGAACUUAAUUGUUCUUGAUCUGUCAAGGAGCUUAAUUCGUGAUAAGUGGAUUGGCUGGAGCUCGAUCAAGUUCGGGUCGAAGCUCAAAGUUCUCAACCUCAAAAAUUGCCCAAUUAGCAGAACUCCUGACUUCUCGGCAUUCCCGAGCUUAGAGAGCUUGAUUCUAGAGUCAUGCGUGGAGUUGGUUUGGGUUGAUCCAUCGAUAGGGCUUCUGAAGGACCUGAUCCUCUUAAAUUUGAGGAGAUGUUGGGGACUGAAGAAGUUGCCGGAGCAAUUGGGUUCCAUGGAGUCACUAGUCGAGCUUCUCAUUGAUAAUACACAGGUUGAAGAAUUACCUAUAUCGAGAGGUAUGAUUAACCUCGAAGUUCUAUCUGCUAAUAGAUGCAUAAAUCUUCAUGAAAUUCCAGCAUCUAUUGGAUCUCUUGUGAAUCUGAGGAGACUCUCGUUAUUACGUAGCGGGGUAAAGGAACUUCCGAACUCCAUUGGGCAGUUAACCUCGUUGGUUGAACUUAUCUUGUCGGGAACUAACAUCAGAAGGUUGCCGGAUUUCGUUGGAGAUCUACAUGAUUUGGAAUUGCUCAAGAUUGAUGAAACACGUAUCACUUUUUCUCCAUGUAACCUGGGAAGCUUAAAGAAGCUCAAAGUGCUCGACGCCUGGUUUUCUCCAAAGGGGGGAGUAGGAGACCAAAUAAUUUCUGAUGGAAUUUUGAAUCUAUCCUCUUUGAGGGUCUUGAGAUUUAGCAAGGUAAAUAGCCUCCCAGCAGGUAUGAGCGCUCUCUCAUGCCUGGAGACCCUUCAUUUAGAUGAAUGCCACAAUCUUCAGACCCUCCCCGAGCUUCCGUCUAGCUUAAUUAGUCUAAUCGUUCAAGACUCGUCGGCGCUGACUUCCCUGAGCCUCGCGAACUUGGUUAAUCUAAAAGAAUUGCAAUUGUAUUGGGUUUUGGAGCUCAAGGAGCUGGAAAACGUCUCUAGCCUAAGGAAGCUCGAGAAAAUGGGUUUGAACUCGGUGAAGAUAUCUACCUUGCCAGAAGAGAUAGGUGCAUUUCUCCGUCUUAAAAAUCUUGAUCUUCGGGAUUGCCACAGACUUAAAACCCUCCCUACACUUCCCUCAAGUCUGUCAGCUUUGAGGAUCCGGGGUGGCAGCUCACUCGAGAGGUUGCCAGACCUUUCAAACUUGAAGAAUUUGUUGAAAUUAUGGGUUAUGGAUUGCCCGAAGCUCAGGGAAAUCGAAGGCCUUGGCAAUAUCCUGUCCCUGAAGGAUCUCAAUACAGAUGGCUGCCUUUUAACGAAGCUGGACGGUCUCGAGAGGCUUGAAUCUUUAAUUGCUUUGUCAGCCGGUUGGUCUCAAGUUGAAAGACUUCCUGACUUAUCCAAGUUGAGAAACUUGAAGUUCCUAAGUGUACCGUGGAGCAGAAAGCUAGUUGAGAUACGAGGUCUCAGUCGUUUGAAAAAACUCAAAAGGUUUUGUAUCGACAGCUGCAGGUCGCUCAAACGCUUGCCCGAGCUACCAUACUCAUUGGAGGAGUUAUCCCUUAGAGGCUGCGAGCAAUUUAGUGAAAUUGAGGUGGUUGCAGAAUUGGAGACGCUGCAAAUGUUGGAUAUAAACAGUUGCAGAUCGCUCACGAAGUUACCAAACCUAUCGAGGUUGCAGAGGCUGGAGCGCUUCAUAAUGAGGGAUUGUGAGAGCAUCACGGAAAUUUCAGGACUCGAGGAACUGAGUAAGCUGCGGGUGUUGAACAUCUUUGGAUGCAAGGCACUUAAGUUACCCGAUCUUUCGAAGCAGAAGAGUAACGGACUGCAGAUCCAUAACAAUUCAAAGCAAGACCUUUAUCGGUCCGAUAUCUAUCCUAUCUACGUUUAGUUGUCCUUGUGUAGGUUAGUCUGCCGGCAUUAUAUUUAUGAAUAUUGACUUUCUGUUUUUCUUGAUUCGGAUCGAUCGACGUCGGUGUGUGUAUACAUACAUAUACAUGUCGUUGAUGUGAUAUUGCAGUACAGGAGGCAGAGACGUUGAGUUGGAAAAUUAAAUUCAUACAGCGCAGAAAGUUCUUAUCU